ACCGUUUAUGGCACAAAAGCAUUGCAUGAGACCACUCACCAAAAUCAGCUGAACGGUACUCACUUGCACGCGAAAAAAAAAACGUUGUUAGUCAUGCGCACUGCCAGCAUAACCGUGAGUGUACAUUCGUUCGCUAACCCACCUACAGAGGUUGCUCUGCUGUUGGGCAUGUUGACCAUCCUUCGCCAACUCGCUGCAUACGCUUGACGGUCAUGCGCACCCACACAUCAACAACGCUCGUGCGUAUCGUAAACGUCAACCCUUGAGGAACCUGCACAAACAACACUGCUAUCGACCGACGAACGUAACAUUUAGCCCAUUCAGUCGGAGUUAGGACACGAGCCAGCGCUGAGUGAAACACGUUCGAUGUACGCUGUUCGCGUGUGGUGAUUGCUACUUCACCCAACAUUCCGCAAAACCCCGAAACAUCCCUGACGCAUCCGAACGCAUUUCGUGUGACGGUUUUGCAUAGCCCCAAAAACGUUAGUGUGCCGUUGCACAUACCGCACGGUCUCCUCGCUCAACGUAUCGUCCCUAUUUCGCGUACAGCAAAGUGCAUCGAACACACGGAUAGAUACGCCGAAUGACGACGGCGGCAGCGCGCUAAUCAUCUGCAAACAAUGUGCCACGAUUUAGCGCACAGGUGAAUGGAAUCAAUGGAAUUAAUCGCGCGUGUAUCGUCGUCCUCAUUUGUGCGGUAAACAGGCGUGCCCGUGGAUGACGGGUGGUGUCUCUGGGUGCAAAAACGGUGCAAGACUGGGCGCCUCCAUCGGUUGGCAUACACCACAAAUGCUCGCUGUUCCCGCUGUGUGCGGAAUGGUAUAAGUGUUUUGUUGUUUUUUUUUUGCAUCCCCCAGUCGAUUAUACACACCAUGAACGGAUACGCGUCGGCACUGGUACGGGUGGCCCUUUCAAAAUAGUUGUGACUGGCAGUGAUUUGCAAUGUGUUUGACUCGUUCCGCGCGUCACGAUUCGCUUUCGUGAAAGGAAUUAUGUCAAAUUAUUGUCGUGUUUUGCAUCGCGCACAUAACGGCACGGCCCGCUGCAUGGAAACGUGAAGGAAUAGAAAUGCUGCGACACUCAGCAGCGAGUGUACGCCUGAGAAGACCGUCGUUCCGCAGCAAAAAUCGGUUGGCAUUGAACUGCACUUCACUCUUGCCGUUGGAUUAGUGUGUACACGUGUAUGUGUGUGUGUGUGUGUGCGCGCGUGUAUGUGGGCCUUGCAGGAGUGCAUCCGUGCGGUUGUUUAGCUGGUUCGUUAGCCAGCCAACGCUUCAUCGGCCCGAGUGCCAGAUGGAUGUACGAAGUGGAUUAUUCAACACCAACGGGCCCAAGGCUGUGGGUAGUGAGCGUUUUGUCGUCGAGUUUUCACGGUUCCAUCCACAUCCGGUUGGGAUUACGCCAGUUAUCCAACUCAUCGCUGCGAAAGCUGGCUUCAAAGAACAAGAGCAACGAUAGAGAGAGUGUAAGAGAGGGUGAGAGAGAGGGAGAGAGGGAGAGAGAAUAAAAAAAGAAUCUCUCCAUCGUGUCGAGUGCGGCCGUCAAGAGGCACGAGGGCGUGUGCAUUGUGAUGAGUGAUUGCAUCUUCCUGCACCAUUCUUCCGAUCAAUGGUAGUGAGUCGCAUCUACACAAGUUUGGUUGUGGGUUUUAUCACGGCAAAAGCAUAAAAAGAAAAGCCAUCAUAGUUUAGAAAGCAAAGUGGAAUUGGAUUACGCGAAAGUUUUCGAAUGCAGUGCAGUAAAAUGCAAAAGCCAAAAAUAAAAAUUUUAUGCAACAGUGCUAAAUGAAAAAAAGAAGAAAAAAAUAGAUAAAGUUUUCUAUUAGUGCAUCACGAAUAAAGAAGGUGCGAAAGCUUUAAAUGAAAGUGACGAGUGGCAAAAAAAAAUAUACGAAAUAUUAAAUCAAGUGAAUACAAGCGUGAUUCAAAUCCAUAACAAAGCGAAAUCAACAACAAAAAAGUGUUAAAAAACGCAAAAAAGUGUUGGCAAGUAUAUUGAAAGAAAAAGCUUUUAAAAGCUUCCCAAAAAAGGUGGAAUAUCGGUUGGGUAAAAAGGAAGUAAGCAGCUCGAAACGUACCCAAACCAUAGUGCAUAGUGCCGUGUAAUGCGAUUGCGAAUGUGUACCAUCAGCUAUACAUAAAAGAGGUGCAGUGUAAAAUAUGUGAUGUAUGAGCUUGCACGGCAAUGUGGCAGCUGAAGCAGCACCAGCAGCCGAAACGAUUCGAAUAAAGUAACCAUGCUGCCAGCAACGGUGAUUAUUGCGGUGGUUGUUUUCGCCGUUUCGCUGGUGGCUCCCAUUAAUUCCGCAGGAUCUGGCAAUAGUGGUGGUGGUGGUAGCAGCGGUAACAGUGGUGGUGGUGGUGGCGGUAUCGGUACCAGCGGGAACAUGGACGAAAAUGAACCGCUCAAGAAGUCGACCAGUUCGCGAAUCGUGCACACAAAGUAUGGUUCCGUUUCCGGCACGAUCGAACACCUGGACGGCCGCCAUCUGGAUCCGGUCGAGGCGUUCCGCGGCGUACCGUACGCUUCGCCCCCGGUGGGCAACCUGCGGUUCAUGCCCCCGGUGACCGGAGCACUCUGGUCGGGUGUGAAAAAGGCGGACAGAUUCAGCCCCGUCUGUCCGCAGCGGUUGCCCGAUAUCUACAACGAAACGGCCGCCCUGGAACGGAUGCCACGCGGCCGGCUAGAAUACCUGCGACGCCUCUUGCCAUACCUGCGCAAUCAAUCAGAGGACUGCCUGUAUCUUAACAUCUACGUUCCAACGCAAGCUGGUUCGAGGGAAAGCUCUAGCUCCUCCAAAUAUGCCGUCGUGGUGUUCGUCCAUGGUGAAUCGUACGAAUGGAACAGUGGGAACCCGUACGAUGGAUCUGUACUAGCAAGUUAUGGACAAAUUUUAGUAGUUACAAUCAAUUAUCGUUUAGGAAUAUUAGGAUUUUUAAAUGCCAAUGUGGACCGGUUCUCGAAAGCACCGGCAAACUACGGUCUAAUGGAUAUCAUCGCCGCCCUGCAUUGGAUACAGGAAAACAUCGAGGCCUUUGGCGGUGAUCCCAAAAGUGUAACGCUUGCCGGCCAUGGUACCGGUGCCGCCUGUGUUCAUUUUCUGAUCGCAUCUGCAGCUGUUCCGGAAGGACUUCUUUUCCAUCGGGCGAUGAUGAUGUCCGGAUCGGGUCUAGCUCCGUGGUCGCUGGUAGGCGAACCGGCCAAGUUUGCCGCAUACGUAUCGCACCACGUGAACUGUUCACCCGAUCUACCUCAUCAGCUGCUACUCAAGUGCUUGCGGGACAAACCGCUCGAGGACAUACUAUCCACCAGCGUGCGAGCACCAGAUUUUGGGAACGCGUUCGGCCCCAGUGUAGACGGUGUCGUAAUCGACACUGGGGAAAUUCAGCAGAUGGACGGGACGCACUACAGCGAUUACAAUGGCAUUCCUUCAGCAUCAAAACCAUCCGCUCAUAUCCACAACACGCUCAACACGAUCAAUGCGAUACUGUUGCGCAAACUAGCUAUUAACAAAUUGUCCAAGUACGAUCUGCUGGUCGGUGUAACGCGUGCCGAAGCGUACUUUGCGUUCAACUCCGAAGACGUCCAGUACGGUAUCGAGGCGGACCGAAGGACGAAAAUACUGAAAAACUACGUCCGAAGCACGUACAGCUUUCAUCUGAACGAAAUAUUGGCCACGAUCGUGAACGAGUACACCGACUGGGAGCGUCCGGUUCAGCAUCCCAUCAAUAUACGAGACGAAACGCUGGAAGCCUUGAGCGAUGCACGUAUUGUGGCGCCUGCCGUACAGACGGCCGACCUACAUUCCGCUGAUCAUCGCAAUUCGUUUCUGUACGUGUUCGAUUAUCAGACCAAAUUUGGCGAUUUUCCUCAGCGACAAGGAUGUAUCCAUGGGGAGGAUCUGCCGUAUCUGUUCGGUGCACCGCUAGUUGGAGGAUUCAAUCACUUCACGCGCAACUACACCAAGUCCGAAAUCGCCCUCUCGGAAGCGGUUAUGAUCUACUGGUCAAACUUCAUCCGCACCGGUAAUCCGAACGAGCAGCUAGAAAAUGAUCACGUACGCGACCGGACACGCUUCAAGAACAUCGAAUGGACGCCGUACGAGAGUGUGCACAAAAAAUAUCUCAAUCUCGACACGAAACCCAAACUGAAAAACCACUAUCGAGCGCACCGAUUGUCCUUCUGGUUGAACCUGGUGCCGGAUCUGCAUAAGCCGGGCAAUGACGACGUCCCCAGCGGGCACCACGAGCUGGAAGCGGACGAUGAGGAGCAACCGGUCGCGAUGCCAACGGUGAAACCGCUCAAUCCACCCCAGCGAGAUCCGGCAACGAUCGGGUCGAAUUAUACGCUCUUCACUACGCAGGUCUUUUCGCUGCUUAACUUCUCAUCGUACGGUAUCCUGCCGAACGGAAGCCGGCAACAUCCGGGCCCAAGGCCCAUCCAUCCCGUGACGGCGGAAUCUUCCGAGGGUGGUGACGACGAUGGUACCGGUGCCGGUGGUGUCGGUGCGGGUGGAAUGUCUUCAUCACAGGAGGAUGGAUUUGCUGCGUACAGUACCGCCCUUAGCGUUACGAUCGCGAUCGGCUGCAGUUUGCUCAUACUGAACGUGCUGAUCUUUGCCGGGGUGUACUAUCAGCGUGAUAAGACGCGGUUAAAUGAACCGCGCGGUGGCUCGGGGAUGGGUUCUGGUGGUCACGGUGGUACGCUGCAAACGAAGAAACGCAACGAAAAUGGACAGAUGCCGAAUAAUAUCUGCGGUGAGCUGGAAAGUCUUACAAUACACUCCAAAACCGACCCAUCCACCAUACUCGGGCACCAUCAUCCGGCACUGCAGCAUCAUCAAAUGCCACCGCCUGAGUUUGCCGAUCUGCCGCAGCGAGCACCGCCACCUCCGAAGCACCUGAAAUCGGUCCCGGGUGACGGCGGUGGUAUGCUUCCGGCUCACGCACUACAGCUGAUCGGUAGCAACUGUGGCACACUGACCAAAAAGAGCUGCGUCAAAUCGAACCUGACGGCGGCGGGUGUGGGUGGCAACGUGGUCGGCCACCCGUCCCAGAACGUUACCAUGGAUGAGCUGCGCGUGUGACGUUAAGUGUCGUUCGCUCUCGAGGACCGAACGGUAGUGGCCCCCGACAACGGCCAUAUGCACCUGAUGAGCCUGGGCGACUGCAGAAACCACACGAUCGAUGGCGCUAUGACCGCCCUGUAGUGAGGCGCCUAAAACCAUCCAUUCCCGCUCAAAAAAAAAACACAGCGAAGGAUGGCAACCCCAGAUCAAAGGAGGGGGUCGUCAACAACCGGUCGGUCACUGCCGCGCGAAAGCCCAAGAGAGCGGAUGUUAAUGAUGAAUUUCAAUAGGUUAUGAAUAAUUAGUGCAAAAAGGCAGGUGCUCCUAUACAUUCCAAGGGAGUCAGUGUAGCACAGAGCAGCCAAUUUUUAGCCGAAAAACAUGCCGAUCCGUAGCGCAUGUCCAGCACAAGCGAGUAUAUACAUAUAUAUAUGUGUGUGUGAGUGUCUGUGAGAGUGAUCUUUUCCAAAGGAAUUGAAGAAUGAUGGACGAGGUGAUGAUGUUGGGUAGGUACACGCCACUGUUUACGUGUCCCGUUAGCAUAUUCUGUUGCUAGGAGCAGGUGUAAUUAAUCAAUAAUGACGACGAACGCUCCCCAGAAACGAGGAUGUAGCCAUCACCAGUCCGGCCCUUACACCGCCUUUCCUUUCCCUUUCCAAUCCUACCCCGGCUGAAGGCGGGUGGCAGGGUGGCAAAAUUAAAACAUUAAUUUUGCAUUUCUGCCAGACGAACGGUUUUCGCUUAUGAUUUAUCAGUGACACUUCCUGAGCUAAAUUAUCUGCCCCGCCGUUCCAUUCCCCUCUCCGUUCCGUUGCCCUUUUCUGCUUCAAAACAGAUCGCUGAACUAGCGGCAGUCAAAGGUCACCUUCUGUUGGGCUCUCUUGAGCACAAGUGCGAAGGAUGAGCCUUAAUUUUCCAUCCAUCCUUGAAAGAACCAACAAACCGCUAUCCACACCACUCCCUCUCUCUCUCUCUCCCUGGAAAUAGCUAAAUUAAUGAUUAAAACAUUUCGCCUAUGCUUCGCAGGGCAGGCGUAGCAUACUUGCCGGGCGGAUGGGAAGCGUUCUGAUAAUUGGAAAAUAUUUUGAUUUUUCGGGUUGUUUUUGCCAGGCUCGUUCAAUCGUUGACAGUUUCCAUUAACGUGUCCUACUCGUGCCACUUGGUGCCAACCAUUCGUUGCCAAGUGUGGAAUCGCUUUACCGGGAACAGGGAAAGCAAUCGUCCAUUAUCUUCCGGUGCUUGGAAGGUCGUUAAAAUAUUUUACCUUCCUGCCCGAAGGUGCUCUAUUUAUUUGACAGAACGACAUUACAUUGGACAGGAAAACGAGGUAGCUAUACGCAGCAACAACAAAAAAAUGCAAAAGUAAAAGAAAACUCUCAAUACGCGCUUCACUUUGUUCGUUGGCAAUUGUGCGAUUGUAAGCAGUUUUUUUAUAGUCCAGUUUUGGAGCGUUUCUAUCAUUCCUAAGAAAAAAAGAAUCCGCUCGGUACCAUUUGUGUCAUGCUGUUCGGCACACUGGUUUGGUUUGGUGAUCUUGCUGCAAACCCCCAACCUGCUGUCUCACGCGCUUUGCUCGAUGUUUUGACUGUUUAAACAGGCAAUUUAUUUGCUCCACCUCCAUUGUUCUGGCGCACAUGAUUGAUAGCAUCGCACGGCAAGAUGGAGGAUGCAAGAGGCCCGGAAGCCCUUACGGUAGGUACGGGUUUCUUUUCCGGUUCAGCCGUUCAGUUCAUUACCUUGAAUCAUCUUUCCCCCGCUUCAUCCGGCGAAUUAUCCUGCCCAAUUUCAUCCGAACAUCCUUCGAACAAUCCCCAACUCCGUUUCUGAUCACCGUCACUGCACACACCUUGUCCCAUAAAUGGCAGAGAGGAGAGGAGGGAGGGAGGAAGGGGGCAACGGAACAGAAAUAAUGCCCUAUUGUUUGAAUAUAGGACCAAAGAGGCGGCACCAUAAAUUCUAGGAAAUAAUAACAAUAACAAUAAAAAUCUCUUUGUACAUAAUAAACUCCUUCCCAGUGUUGGGCGACAGGGCACAUUUGCCGGACAGAAUGUGCCGCACACGGUUAUCCGGUUAGGUUGUGUGGGGAUGUGGCCGCUCGCCGAAAACCGAACGUACACUUGGAUAGGGAACACCGGUAUAGAGUAUGAUAACACAUUUUUCCCGGACACAGUUGUAUCUUUGAUUAAGUAUUCGAUAAGCCACCAUAAGCGACCGAGAUAAGGGGUUGGAAUGUUAUUUUGGGAGGGGGUUUGUUGUCGGGUUGUUUUUUUUUUUUUGCUCCCCUGUUGUUGCUUGUUUUAUUGUUGCUAUCGCCUCAGCAAAAGAUCGUCCUUCCAUGCUGGACAAUGGGAAAACAUAUUUUCGGUGACUUGUGAUUUGUGCGUUUUGAUGGAAUUUUGCCUAUGUUCGUUUUUUUUCUCCCAUAACCUCAUUCAUUACACCGGAAUCCAAAUCCCCUGACACGUUUAAUGAAGUGAAGCAACAUCAUCACAACAAAAAAGCAAACCAGUUUUAAUUAUUGCCCAAAAUGAGCAACAGUCUUCAUUAAUAAUUGUCCUGCUGUCAGGGAAGGGAAGGGUAAAAACAAGAAGCUUAUAAUUAUGGUUAAUCAUUUUUGAAGAGAGUUUUUUUACACCCUGUUUUGUUAGUAUACGUCCACCUUUUGUGAUUUGCUAUCUGAUACGAAAUAAGUAACGAUUUUAUGGGCAAUAGGUACAACUUUUAUCCCGUUCGUUAAGCUUUAUUUCAAGCCAACAGCACGAAGAAACAUUACAAAAAUAUUAUUCUACGGUCGCAAUAAAGUUAAGGCAAAUGGUGUCACGUUCUGUUUAAAAAUGGCAAGAUUAAUGAGGAAUUAUCGCUGAACGUGUUGCUGUGGUGCGACCGCAGAUGGAUAAUUAUCGGUUUGCGUGCUGCUCGAAACACGGCACGACACGCACCGAGACGCAAAACUUUUUACUUUUACUUUCGUAAAACGAAAACUAAAGCAUCGCAAAACCAACCGGAAGGUAUGAUUGGUGUGGCAAAAACAUGGCAAACAUGUUUUAAAUAGAUACGAAACGGUUACAACAUUCGCAUACAUUAGCUAAAAUACAUAGUGUGUUACCGGAAGGCAAAGUUUUUGACAGUGUGACAGAAGAUUUUAUCUAUGUUGGUUUAGUUUUAAUAGAAUUUCUAAAGACUGACCUUUCUGAAGCGUGUUUACGUUCCUUUCCAACAGUGACGAGCUGAGGGGAAAGCCUACGAUUUGGUACAUUUAAGGGAGUAAAAUAGCAAAACAGUAAAAAAAAAUCAGAAACAAACAAUUAACACACAAAUAUGGAAUUGAUUUGGGAAAUUGAUAACAUCUUAACGUUCUUGCUUCUACCGGAAGCUUUCCUCCGUUACCCGUAAAAUGAUAAGCUUUAAUUUUCCAUCUACAUUAAUAGGAAAAGUUUCCAUUCCACUGUUCUGUUGUAUCAAUCCUGAUUGUUUGAGGGACGGCCGAUAAAAAAACUCAAAAAACACAGGAACUAGCUAAUAUUGUGUGUCGUCGUUCAAACUCAUUCCCAAGUGUAAAACUAAGCACUAUAGGCAUGCAAGCGAUUUUGUCCAAAUCGUGCAGGAAACAAAUAGCAUCCUUUCUUCCGUACGGCAUGUACAACUUUUUCGACACCUUGUGGUACUGUGGAGUCGUGAGCAAGAUACGCACCCCGGCAAUAGGUAAACAACAAACAGGCAAAUGUUAGGAAAUCAUUACGUACUUGGCCAAAAAAAAACGCGAUUUAAAUACCAGUGAGCAAGCCAGCAAAUCCACGAAAGGAAGAAAAUGUACUUUUAACAAUGUAAAUAUUUCUGAAAUUAAUGAGCUAUCUAAAGAUAUUGACAGAACAAAACGGCGACACUUUGAACAAACGUAACAAAACAAAUUUGAUGGAACAUUCAACUACAUGUAAAGCACACAGAGCAACGCGCAACCUACAAAAUCACAAAAACCAAACUCUACUGUGUACACACAGGAAGUUUUCUGGGAAAAUGCAUUCGAGUUUGCGAAACCAAGAUAAAGGGAGAGAUAGUAGAAUCAAACGUCACGCGCGGUAAAAACGAAGAACGAAGGAUGCUCGAAAUAAAUGCGACACAAUGCGUUGAAAUUGAA